AUGCUGCGGUGUUCGCUGCGGGUCCCUUGCCGCGGCACCUGGCAGGAACGCCUGGACGAGGCCUCUGUCGGUCAGCGCCCAUCGCGAGUGACGAUCGGGGAUGUCUCCCUGCCGCUGCCCUCCGGCGGGCCGCGCACGCCGGCCUUCGUUCCGCUGCUUCCGUCGUCGUUGGGCUGGAUGAUGGAAACACAGGAGGUGCUUCAAGUGUUGAGGUGGAUGAUGCAGAAGGACCAGCUGGCGCAGGACAUGCUGCUUCUUGGGCGCCGCAUCGCGCUGCGCUUCUGCGAGGUGGCCCAGCGAGAGUACGAGUUCAUUUCGCUGUCGCGGGACACGACGGAGGCCGAUCUCAAGCAACGACGCGAGAUCGUCGGCAACUCUGUUCGCUUUGUCGAUCAAGCUGCCGUCAGAGCGGCCAUCGAGGGCCGGGUGCUCAUUCUCGAAGGCAUCGAGAAGGCCGAACGCAACAUCCUGCCGCUUCUCAACAAUCUCCUCGAAAACAGAGAAAUGGCCCUGGAAGACGGACGGUUUCUGAUGAACGCCAAGCGGUACGACAAGCUGCUGGAGACGCACACGGAGGCCGAAAUGCACAGACUCGGUCUGAUCCGCGUCGACCCCAACUUCCGGGUCAUCUCCCUGUCCCUCCCGGUACCGCGGUAUGCGGGGAAUCCGCUGGACCCGCCGCUGCGUUCGCGUUUCCAGGCCUACAGCGUGCCUCCGCUUUCGCUGUCCUCCCGCAUCGAUACUCUCAGCCGGGAGGCGCCCUCUCUCUCCGCCGACACUGUGAAGCUCUUGGCCUCCGCCGCGGAAGCUUUCCGACACGCGGACACAGAGUCCUUUAGCGAGCUGCUGGCCAAGCCCAUCGAGUUCACCGAGGAGGGCCUGGUUUCCGCGGCCCGAUUGCUCGAGCGAUUCCCGCACACCGCCACCCAAGACGUGCUGCGACGAGUCUAUCCCUCCCGCUGGGUGGCUAAGGACGCCGCCCAGGCCGACGCCAUCGAGAGCGCAUUCAAGAAGCUGGGCGUGGACAUGAAGAGCGAGCGGGCCAAGGGCUACGCCAUCGCGAGCGUUCGUCACGAAGCGCCGCGCCACAAGCUGGUCACCCUCACAAGAGAGAGCGGGAGAGAGGAGGCCAAAAUGCUGGAGGACCAUGCCAUAGGGCGGGAUAUGUGCAUCAUCGGCCCGAAGGGAUCGGGCAAGUCGACACUGGUCAAGCAAUUCGCAGCCAUGCUGGGUUACGAAACGGAGCACAUGAUGCUGUUCAGGGACAUGUCGACUCGCGAUCUGCUCCAGCGUCGAGCCACGAAGAAGAUCGACCGCGCCAAGCAGGCAGAGGCGCUGUCGCAGUCGUCAUCGGCUCGCCACCGGGAGGGCCUUGGCCUGGUCGCGUCUGCCACCGACGAGCUGGUGCGCGAGGAGAGCCGGAUCAUGGGGAACAACGACGCCCUGGCCGAGAGCCUGCGCGAGGGCGAGGACAGCGAGUCGAUGUGGGAGCUGAGCCCGCUCAUCCGGGCCGCCGUCAAUGGUCGCAUCGCCAUCCUCGACAACAUCGACCGGCUUCCGGUCGGCGCUUUGUCGGUGCUCCAAAGCCUCAUCCACGAGCGCCAGGUGUCCCUGCAUGAUGGCACGCGUCUGGUCUCUUCGGAGACCUACGGCCGCCUGCUGAGCGAGCACGGCCUCACCCAGGCCGAGUUGACGGCCAAUCGGGUGUAUGCGAUCCACCCAGCGUUCCGGAUCAUCGCCACCGGCGACCUCCCAUCGGCGUCGCACGCCUACAUCACGCAGGAGGUGAUGUCCCUCUUCCACUUCCACCACCUCCCCUCGCUCGACAAUCCCGUCGAGCUCGAGCGGUUCCUCGACCGCGUGGCGCUUCGCCGCGAUGGUGUCGACAGUGUCGACAACGCAUCAUCGCCGGCCCGGCUGGACCGCGCCAGGGAGCAGCUCGCGGGCUUGGUGCGGUUCAACGAGGCGCUCAAACAGAACAAGCACCUGCAGAUCGCGCUCUCCACGCGGCAGCUGAUCCGCGCGGGCCGCCGUAUCGCCAACGCCGAGCGGCCCGCGACGGCCCUCGACACCCGCGAUGUGGUGCACGGCCUGCUGCUGUUCGACUUCCUGCCGGCGGCCACCAAGGCCACCGUCACCAAGCUCCUCUUCAAGUCCCUCGGCGGCCGGGAGCCCUUCUCGUCGCACCACGCCAAGGAAUACGCUCAGGAAUGUGAAAAAGGCAACUACGAUUACCUCUUCUCCGUCGGCACAUUCCAUGACGAGGCGAGGAAUGCCAAGGCCCUCGAGGGCCAGUCGCCGUCGCCGUCGCCGUUCUCGCCCACGGGCGCGUCAUCGCUGGCGGUCGAGGCGCCUGCGGCCAAGGCCCACCCGGUGCACCUGAUCCCGGACAUUGACUUCUUCGCGAUCCCGUCGCACGUGUCGCUGCUGCAGGAGAUGUACAAGGACUACGCCCUGGGCGAGCACCUGCUGCUCAUCGGACCGCAGGGCGUCGGCAAGAACAAGCUCACCGACAAGUUCCUACAGACCCUCCAUCUCCCUCGGCAGUACAUUCAGCUCCACCGCGACACCACAGUCUCCUCCCUCACCCUGCAGCCGUCCCUCGAACGAGGUAAAAUUGUCUGGACCGAUUCCCCGCUGGUGAAGGCCGUUAAGGAGGGCCACGUGCUGGUCGUUGACGAAGCCGACAAAGCGCCACCGGAGGUGGUCGUGGUCCUGAAGUCGCUGGUCGACGGAGAGAUGACCCUUGCCGACGGUCGGCGCAUCGUGCAAUCGGCGCACAUCGCGCAGCAGGGCUCGUCCUCUGCCCCGAACGAGGCUGAGGCCGUGGUCGCCAUGCACCCCAACUUCCGUCUGAUCGUGCUGGCCAACAAGCCCGGCUGGCCUCAUGCGAUCGACAAUCCGGACGUGGCGUCGGAGAUGGCGUUGCUGCGGGCCUACGCGCCGUCGGUCCCGACCGAGACGCUGUCGCGGCUCACGCGGGCCUUCAGCCACCUGCGGCAGCUGGUCGACGAGGGCCACCUGUCCUACCCCUACUCAUCGCGCGAGGCCAUCGCCAUCGCGCGCCACCUCGAGCGGUUCCCGGGCGAGCCCUUCGAGGAGGCCCUGCGCAACGUGUUUGCCUUCGACGUGUGGAGCGACUCGACCGUGCGCGAGAGCAUCGUCGCCGCGUUCAAGCGCUCGGGCUUUCGCGUCUCCAACACCUUCAUGCAACCUCCCGUCGAACUCUUCGAAGCGUCGCAGGCGGGAGCGGGGGCGGGGGCGACGGCCGCUAGCGGGCGGAGGAGGCCGUUGCGUCUCAACUACGAAUAUGACAACGACCGACAGGCAACGAAGCCCAAGCACGGCAAGGUGGACCCCGCCAACAGCCCGCACGUCGGGGGCAACACCUGGGCAGGCGGCAGUGGAGGCGCCGACACCGCCGGCCUUGGUGGUAAGGGGGGACCGUAUAGGCUUGAUUCGGGCCACCCGGUGCACCAGAUCAGCGACGAGGAAAAGCGAAAGGUGUCGAAGGAGGUGCUGGAGGCGGCCAAGGCGAUGGCCCAGGAGGCCCUCCAGAAGAAGCUGCAGGAGAUCGAAAUGAGCGAGGAGGACGCCGUGCUCUACGAGGACUACGCCUACGCCGUCAAGGGGCAGGUGUCUCAACUCCGCACCAUGCUGCAGGGCCUCCAGUCCAAAUCUAAGGAACGGCAGUGGCUGCGACGCCAGACCCACGGCGGCGAACUGGACGAGGCCCAACUGGUGGAAGCGAUGGCGGGCGAGGGGGCGAUCUUCAAGCGGCGCGGCGAGGAGCUACCGCCGCUGGGCUUUUCGGCCGGCCUCAAGCCCAAGCGGAUUCACUUUGUCAUGGACGUGUCCGGAAGCAUGUACCGAUUCAACGGCUUCGAUGGUCGACUCGAUCGCAUGCUAGAAGCCGCUGUGCUGGUGAUGGAGAGCUUCACCGGGUUUGAGAACCGAUUCAAGUAUUCCAUCGGCGGACACAGCGGGGACAGCCCCAACAUUCCGCUGGUCGACACUGUCAAGCAGCCUCAGAACCGCCGCCAGCGCCUGGCCGUCCUCCGACGCAUGGCCGCCCACUCCCAGUUUUGCUCGUCCGGAGACUACACGCUGACGGCGACGGAACUGGCCAUCCGGGAGCUGGAGAAGGAGGAGGCCGACGAGCACUUCGUGAUCGUCGUCAGCGAUGCCAACCUCCGACGCUACGGCAUCUCACCGCGCACCUUGGGUAAGAUCUUGAUGCGGGAGCCCAAGGUGCAGGCCCAUUGCAUCUUCAUCGCAAGCCUGGCGGACGAAGCUGAGAGGAUUGCUGAGGAGAUCCCGCCAGGUCUGGCCUACGUGUGCUUGGACAGCAAGGGCCUUCCGCUGGCCCUCAACAAGAUCCUCACCAGCAAGAUCAUCACCUGA